AUGUUGCCAUCCCAACAUUACCUCCCACUUCACUGACCAGUGCCACUACUGACCAUCUAGCACCAGCCACAACGGGACCAUUGCCUUCAGCUCCUCGGGAUGUCGUGGCCUCCCUGGUCUCUACCCGCUUCAUCAAAUUGACGUGGCGGACACCUGCAUCAGAUCCUCAUGGAGACAACCUUACCUACUCUGUGUUCUACACCAAGGAAGGGAUUGCUAGGGAACGUGUUGAGAAUACCAGUCGCCCAGGAGAGAUGCAGGUAACCAUUCAGAACCUAAUGCCAGCGACUGUGUACAUCUUUAGAGUUAUGGCUCAAAAUAAGCAUGGCUCCGGAGAGAGUUCAGCUCCACUGCGAGUAGAAACGCAGCCUGAGGUUCAGCUCCCUGGCCCAGCACCUAACAUUCGUGCAUAUGCAACCUCGCCUACCUCCAUCACUGUUACAUGGGAAACACCAGUGUCUGGCAAUGGGGAAAUUCAGAAUUAUAAAUUGUACUACAUGGAAAAGGGCACAGAUAAAGAACAGGAUGUUGAUGUUUCAAGUCACUCUUUCACCAUUAAUGGGUUGAAAAAAUAUACAGAGUAUAGUUUCCGAGUGGUGGCCUACAAUAAACAUGGUCCUGGAGUCUCCACACAAGAUGUUGCUGUUCGAACAUUGUCAGAUGUUCCCAGUGCUGCUCCUCAGAAUCUGUCCUUGGAAGUGAGAAAUUCAAAGAGUAUUAUGAUUCACUGGCAGCCACCUGCUCCAGCCACACAAAAUGGGCAGAUUACUGGCUACAAGAUUCGCUACCGAAAGGCCUCCCGAAAGAGUGAUGUCACUGAGACCUUGGUAAGCGGGACACAGCUGUCUCAGCUGAUUGAAGGUCUUGAUCGGGGGACUGAGUAUAAUUUCCGAGUGGCUGCCCUAACAAUCAAUGGUACAGGCCCGGCAACUGACUGGCUGUCUGCUGAAACUUUUGAAAGUGACCUAGAUGAAACUCGUGUUCCUGAAGUGCCUAGCUCUCUUCACGUACGCCCGCUCGUCACUAGCAUCGUAGUGAGCUGGACUCCUCCGGAGAAUCAGAACAUUGUGGUCAGAGGUUAUGCCAUUGGUUAUGGCAUUGGCAGCCCUCAUGCCCAGACCAUCAAAGUGGACUAUAAACAGCGCUAUUACACCAUUGAAAAUCUGGAUCCCAGCUCUCACUAUGUGAUUACCCUGAAAGCAUUUAAUAAUGUGGGUGAAGGCAUCCCGCUAUACGAGAGUGCUGUGACCAGGCCUCACACAGACACUUCUGAAGUUGAUUUAUUUGUUAUUAAUGCUCCAUACACUCCAGUGCCAGAUCCCACUCCCAUGAUGCCACCAGUGGGAGUUCAGGCUUCCAUUCUGAGUCAUGACACCAUAAGGAUUACGUGGGCAGACAACUCACUGCCCAAGCACCAGAAGAUUACAGACUCCCGAUACUACACCGUCCGAUGGAAAACCAACAUCCCAGCAAACACCAAGUACAAGAAUGCAAAUGCAACCACUUUGAGUUAUUUGGUGACUGGUUUAAAACCGAAUACACUCUAUGAAUUCUCUGUGAUGGUGACCAAAGGUCGAAGAUCAAGCACAUGGAGUAUGACAGCGCAUGGGACCACCUUUGAAUUAGUUCCAACUUCUCCACCCAAGGAUGUGACUGUUGUGAGUAAAGAGGGGAAACCUAAGACCAUAAUUGUGAAUUGGCAGCCUCCCUCCGAAGCCAAUGGCAAAAUUACAGGUUACAUCAUAUAUUACAGUACAGAUGUGAAUGCAGAGAUACAUGACUGGGUUAUAGAGCCUGUUGUGGGAAACAGACUGACUCACCAGAUACAAGAGUUAACUCUUGACACACCAUACUACUUCAAAAUCCAGGCACGGAACUCAAAGGGCAUGGGACCCAUGUCUGAAGCUGUCCAAUUCAGAACACCUAAAGCGGACUCCUCUGAUAAAAUGCCUAAUGAUCAAGCCUCAGGGUCUGGAGGGAAAGGAAGCCGGCUGCCAGACCUAGGAUCCGACUACAAACCUCCAAUGAGUGGCAGUAACAGCCCUCAUGGGAGCCCCACCUCUCCUCUGGACAGUAAUAUGCUGCUGGUCAUAAUUGUUUCUGUUGGCGUCAUCACCAUCGUGGUGGUUGUGAUUAUCGCUGUCUUUUGCACCCGUCGUACCACCUCUCACCAGAAAAAGAAGCGAGCUGCCUGCAAAUCAGUGAAUGGCUCUCAUAAGUACAAAGGGAAUUCCAAAGAUGUGAAGCCUCCAGAUCUCUGGAUCCAUCAUGAGAGACUGGAGCUGAAACCCAUAGAUAAGUCUCCAGACCCAAACCCCAUCAUGACUGAUACUCCAAUUCCUCGCAACUCUCAAGAUAUCACACCAGUUGACAACUCCAUGGACAGCAAUAUCCAUCAAAGGCGAAAUUCAUACAGAGGGCAUGAGUCAGAGGACAGCAUGUCUACACUGGCUGGAAGGCGGGGAAUGAGACCAAAAAUGAUGAUGCCCUUUGACUCCCAGCCACCCCAGCCUGUGAUUAGUGCCCAUCCCAUCCAUUCCCUCGAUCACCCUCACCAUCAUUUCCACUCCAGCAGCCUCGCUUCUCCAGCUCGCAGUCAUCUCUACCACCCGGGCAGCCCAUGGCCCAUUGGCACAUCCAUGUCCCUUUCAGACAGGGCCAAUUCCACAGAAUCCGUUCGAAAUACCCCCAGCACUGACACCAUGCCAGCCUCCUCGUCUCAAACAUGCUGCACUGAUCACCAGGACCCUGAAGGUGCUACCAGCUCCUCUUACUUGGCCAGCUCCCAAGAGGAAGAUUCAGGCCAGAGUCUUCCCACUGCCCAUGUUCGCCCUUCCCACCCAUUGAAGAGCUUCGCCGUGCCGGCAGUCCCGCCUCCAGGACCUCCCACCUAUGAUCCUGCAUUGCCAAGCACACCAUUACUAUCCCAGCAAGCUCUGAACCAUCACAUUCACUCAGUGAAGACAGCCUCCAUCGGGACUCUAGGAAGGAGCCGGCCUCCUAUGCCAGUGGUUGUUCCCAGUGCCCCUGAAGUGCAGGAGACCACAAGGAUGUUGGAAGACUCCGAGAGUAGCUAUGAACCAGAUGAGCUGACCAAAGAGAUGGCCCACCUGGAAGGACUAAUGAAGGACCUAAACGCUAUCACGACAGCAUGACGACCUUCACCAGGACAUGACUUCAAACCUGAGUCUGGAAGUCUUGGAACUUACCCUUGAAAACAAGGAAUUGUACAGAGUACGAGAGGACAGCACUUGAGAACACAGAAUGAGCCAGCAGACUGGCCAGCGCCUCUGUGUAGGGCUGGCUCCAGGCAUGGCCACCUGCCUUCCCCUGGUCAGCCUGGAAGAAGCCUGUGUUGAGGCAGCUUCCCUUUGCCUGCUGAUAUUCUGCAGGACUGGGCAUCAUGGGCCAAAAUUUUGUGUCCAGGGAAGAAGCGAGAAGUGCAACCUGCAUUUCACUUUGUGGUCAGGCUGUGUCUUCGUGCUGCGACUGCAUCACCUUUAUGGAGUGUAGACAUUGGCAUUUAUGUACAAUUUUAUUUGUGUCUUAUUUUAUUUUACCUUCAAAAACAAAAACGCCAUCCAAAACCGAGGAAGUCCGUGGUGUUCUCCACAAGUGGUUGACAUUUGACUGCUUGUUCCAAUUAUGUAUGGAAAGUCAUUGACAGUGUGGGUUGUUCCUGGGGUUGGCUUGUUUUUUGGUUUUGUUUUUAUUUUUUAAUUCUGAGUCAUUGCAUCCUCUACCAGCUGUUCAUCCAUCACUCUGAGGGGGAGGAAAUGUUGCAUUGCUGUUUGUAAGCUUUUUUAUUAUUUUUUUAUUAUAAUUAUUAAAGGCCUGACUCUUUUCCUCUCAUCACUGUGAGAUUACAGAUCUAUUUGAAUUGAAUGAAAUGUAACAUUGAAAAGACUUGUUUGUUGCUUUCUGUGCAGUUUCAGUAUUGGGGCGGGGUGGGGGGCUGAGGGUUGGUAAUAGGACAUGGAGGGGCUGCUGAGGUCCUGUGAAUGUUUCCGUCAUUGUACUUUCUUCCAGAAGCCUGCAGAGAAUGGAAGCAUCUUCUUUAUUGUCGUUUCCUGGCAUGUCCAUCCUUAUUGUCACUACAUUGCAACUGGAGUUUGAUUUGGAUCUGGUUUUAAAAUUCUUCUGUGCAAUAGGUGGGUUUGAGGAUUUAGCGGCCCUGAUGUCUUGGUCAUAGCCUGGUAAGAAUGUCCAUGCUGAGGAGACAGGUGUUGUAUUUCUAAUUGCCUGAGUCACACAGAAUAGGGUAAGAGCCUGACCCUAUUCUGUAAAUCAGAAAGCAAGGAUGGAGACCUUUCCUGCUGCUAUUAUUGGCUCUCUUUGAGGAAGUUGGAGGUUAAGGAAGGAACUUUGUUUCCACAUAAGACUCCUCCUCCUCUCUAGUUCCAGUCUUCAACCAGUCCAGCGCUCUCUUCCACAUUUCAGACCCCUUCCGAGAAAGCAUUAGCAGGAGGAAUGAGACAAGGCAGAGCUGCAGUGCCCCCUGAGGCUUCCACACAUCUUUCUGAAUAUUAUUUUUCAAGUAACAAGGGACAGAGACAGCGGAAGCAGCUGCCCGCUCCCCUGUCCCAGCAGCUCAGCUAAGCCCUGAUGAGAAUGAAGCCACAGGAGUUUCCUGAGGUGAACCCAACGGCUCAGCCACACUUGGAAGCCGUUGCCUUUGCACAUAGUUCUUGGGUUCUUUUUCCUAAAGAGGUAAGGAGCUGAGCUGUGUGGUUUUUUAAUAUUAAGAAUAUAUCAUGGAAAACACAGGACUGAUGCUCAGGCAUCUUCCUCUACUCCCCAACAGAUCUCCAGAAGACAGUGUGGAAGGCAGUGUAGACAGUAAAUCGGGCUUCAGUUCUAUAGCCAAGAAGAGAUCAGCUGCUGAAACCACCAGUGGGUACCCUAGGUCACCUGCCUUUGAACUUGGGGAUUUCCCACUUUUGGAUCUUACCACAUAUUUGCUUUUUCACAAGAUGAACUCUGUAUUUAUGAUUUGGAGGGCAGUGAAAGGUGCAAUGCGGGAGCUCCUGCUGCCGAGCUAGCUGAUCACGUGGGGGUGCCAGGCGGGACUCUGGAAAACCAGUGCACUUAAACUGAUCUUGAAGAGAGCUGUCCAAGCACUCUGGCCACCAGGAGGGCCAGGUUCCCCAGAAACUACCUUGUGCCCAAAGAACAUGCUCAGUAUUUGGGGCAUUUCGUCCCACGAACCCUGACCUUCUGUUACCUCAGGGCCUUGGUACCUGGAUACUGCCACAGAAUUGGGGCGGGUGGGGGAGGGGCCUAUUUUUAAAUAAAAUAACUGUUCAAAGUUGAGGGGUUUUUUUAAAAAUUAAGAAAAAGGAAAGCUAUUCUGUAUUGCACCUUUUCACAAUUUAAUACAUUUUCUUACGUUUUCCUGUGAUUUUUGAAACUAAACCAUUGCGUGUCUGUAGUGUCCUAGUUGAGCUGCUGCUCAGCGGCUUCCUCGGGGGAUGUGGAACGCCUGUGUCUGUCGCCGCACUGCCUGCGGGAGGGGCGCAGAGGGCUGCUGGGACUGGCGUCUGUACACACUUGUUUGGCCUUUUCUGUAGUUGAUGCUGUAAACUCUAUGGCUUUUUAAAAACGAUUUCAUGUUUUUAUUUAGUAUUGGAAAUCCAAUACACUUUUUUAAUCCAAUCAAA